AUGAAGAGAACAGAUUCACCUUCACCAAACCAACCAGAAGAAAAGAAACCAAAGCUAGAGUCAGCCAUCAACACCACCAUGUCUCAGGAAAAGAACAAAGAACAGAAAGAGUUGUUUCAAAGUGUUGGUGACAUUGUUGAAGAACAAAUCAAUACCGAAAAACAAUCAGUAUCUAAUGAUGCACCCAGACUUACUGGUGCAGCUGAUGCCGAGGGCCAUCCCGUACAAGAAAUCGAUUCAUUAUGUAUGAAUUGUCACAAGAAUGGAGUCACUCGGUUGUUACUUACCAAGAUUCCCUAUUUCCGAGAAAUCAUCAUCAUGUCCUUUGAAUGUCCUCAUUGUGGCUUGAAGAAUAAUGAGAUCCAACCAGCAGCUCAAAUUGCCGAAAAGGGUGCCAGAUAUGUUUUAAAGAUUGAAGAACCUCAAGAUUUUAACAGACAAGUGGUUAAGUCCGAAACGGCUACGGUGAAAUUUGCUGAAUUAGAUAUUGAAAUUCCACCUAAGAGAGGUGAGUUUAAUAAUGUUGAAGGCUUGUUAACAGACAUGAUUGAAAACUUGGAAUCUGAUCAACAAGCAAGAAAGGAUCAACAACCUGAAGUUUAUGACAAGAUCAACCAAGUCAUCACCAAGAUAAAAUCGUAUUUAAAUGGUGAACCAAACACUUUGCCUUUGACCUUCUCCAUUGACGAUCCUGCUGGAAACUCUUGGAUAGAAUAUAAACCCAAUGAACCUUCUCACAAAUGGGCCAUGUAUGAUUAUAACAGAACUGCUGAACAAAAUGUCUUUUUGGGGUUGAUUUCAGCAGAUCAAGUGGAACAACAACAUCAAAAGGAGCUUGAAAGCAAACGUAAGGCAACCUCCAAUAACAUUUCAUCGACGUUACAAAAAUCUGAAUCUGAAUCUGAUAACCCAAAAUCAACAGGGUUUGUUUCUGAUGCUACUGAGAUCGAAAACCUUGAUAAUGAAGUCCAUACCUUCCAUGCCACCUGUUCUUCUUGUUACAAGCCUUGUGAAACCCACAUGAAGACUGUUAACAUUCCUCACUUCAAAGACGUGGUCAUCAUGUCUACUCUGUGUGAUAAUUGUGGAUACAAAUCCAAUGAAGUCAAGACUGGAGGUGAGAUUCCGGAAAAGGGUAGAAAGAUCACUUUAAAGAUCACAGAUCCAGAAGAUAUGGCCAGAGAUAUCUUAAAGAGUGAGACUUGUGGUAUGAAGAUUCCAGAGUUGAAUUUGGAUUUGGUACCUGGAACUUUGGGUGGUAGAUUCACUACCAUUGAAGGACUUUUAACUCAAGUCUAUGAAGAAUUGCAUAGUAGAGUCUUUCAAGAACAAUCCGAUUCCAUGGAACAAGAAACCAAACAAAAUUGGACUGUGUUUUUGGCUCGUUUGCAAGAUGCCAUUGAAGGUAAAAUCGGCUUCACCAUCAUGAUGGAAGAUCCUUUGGCUUCUUCUUACAUUCAAAAUGUUUAUGCUCCAGAUAAUGAUCCUAAUAUGACCAUUGAGGAUUAUGAAAGAACUUAUGAACAGAAUGAAGACUUGGGGUUGAACGAUAUGAAAACUGAUUAA